CUCUCUCUCUCUCUCUCUCUCGCUAUAUAUGUAUGUCACAAUUUCCAAACUCUUAAGCAUUGCUCAGCUUGGUCGGCCACCUCCAAUGGACUGGUUCUCUUGGCUCUCAAGAACCGGCCUCGACCCACUUCACACUUACGAAUACGGCCUCGUUUUCGCCCGAAAUGGCCUCAGACCCGAAGACAUUCCUCGUUUCAACCACGAUUUUCUCCAGAAAAUCGGAGUUUCCAUCGCCAAACACAGGCUCGAGAUUCUGAAACUCGCCAAAUGCGACAGAGAAGAAGCCACCCGAAAGAAAUUGCUCCUUUCCGCUUUCGCCAAGACCAAGAACUGCCUCCGGAACUGCCUCAGGAAGCUUAUUUUCACCAACGCCAAGUCGGAGAAGGGGAUUUUCCGGGAAGACGCGGCGGUGGUUUCCCCAGAGCCGAUUACCUACAGCGAGGAUCUCAGCCGGAAACUGGAGGUUAAGGAGGUGCUCAAGCCGCCGAAACGACGCAGUAAACACGUGUCGCUGUCCGGGCCGUUGGACGGGAGAACGCACGAGAAGUUAAUGACGAACAGUAAAAGCCUAAAGCUAUCUGGGCCGUUGGAUAGGAAAGAGAGGCCCAUGUUUCCAAGAAGCCCGAGAUCAUCUGGGCCUCUGGAUGGGAGAGUAUCUGAUUGGGCCUCGAGUAGAAGCCCAAAGCUGAAUGGACCGCCGCAGGGGAGAAUGAUGAGGCUGAUACCGCCGAGCAGGAGCCCAAGAGUAUCUGGGCCGCUGGAUGGACGAGAUGGAAGCCCAAGAAUUUGCUGUCGUUGUAAUAGAGAGAGGAUGGAAACCGACGAUGAUUAUCACUCAUUGUGGGUUUCAUUGUUCUAUGACAUGAAGCCCACUUGAAUCCCUUUAUUUAUUUUAAGGUUGUUUUUAUGUGAUAUGUGCAUUUGAUUUAAAUGCCAAUGCAACUAAAACAACGUUGUCCUUUGAAAUUUUGUAUGAGGCAACUAUUUACAUAUAAGUCUAUGAUAUAGUUUUAUGUGUUUUUUU